AUGAGCUCCCUUGAUGUUUUUAUAUCCACAUUGAUGUUACGAGAACCUAAAACAGCGAUACCCCAAACUACGCGCUUCCGCAGCAUCGUCCAGCCAGGCGGUUUAGGCGAUAGACGCCCAUCACAAUUGUUGCGCGACAUGCGCUACAUUCUUCCGGACAGUAUCAGCGAGGACGCCCUUAAGCAAUUUUGGCUGCAGAAAUUGCCAUCAACAACCGCCGCGAUCAUCUCCGGACAAGAUGAGUCUUUAGAGGAACUCGCAGCACGCGCUGAUCGAGUCAUGGAGGCGACGUCCACUUACGAUGUUCACGCGGUGAACAUUUCCGAAUCAUCAACCGACCGAUUCCGCUCAAUCGAGAACGCGAUAGCAGCACUCACGGCACAAGUCGCUAAUUUGGCCACACUGCAGGCUAACAAUUCUAAUUACAGCCGCGCGAAAUCGCGCUCCAAAUCACGAUCUAACAAUAACAAAAACAACGGCAUGUGUUUUUAUCACGAUCGUUUCGGUGCGUCCGCUCAUAAAUGCAUAGCGCCUUGCACUUUCAAGUCUCCGGAAAACUAA